UAGUGAAGAGCUUUAAUUAAUAUCCACGUUCAUUCCGUUAACUACACACAGCGCAGGUUACCCAUGGAGGUGACAGGGCACCCACGGGCUCCCGGUCCUGACCUCCCCUUGUGCCUGUCCGGCCACCCGGUGUCACCCUGUGCUCUGCAGGGGUGGGCAAACCCCGGCGACCACCGAGAGCCACCCGUGGGUGCCCUCCCUGCGCUCUCUGCUGGUGCCACCUCGUCCCCAGCCCUUUCCCUUCGCUCCCCGGGGUUUGCAGCCCCCGGCGCUGACUCUGCCCCGGAGCGACUCCGGUGUUCGGGGGUGGGGGGGGGGGCGGGCUCGGUCCCGGUCCCGAAGCGGUUAAUCCAUGUCCCGGUGGGCUGAAACCCCGGAGCUUCAUGGGAUGCCUUAUAAAGCGCGUUCCGCCGACCGGCGGUGGCUCCGGGAGCGCCCGGUACGUGCGGACCCGCCGGUGCCCCGGAGCUGCCGCGCUAUGGAGCCGCCGGGAACCGCCGGGGCGCCGGGCGCAGCGGGGCGGCCCUGGGACGAGGCCAAAGCGUUCUACGACAACCUCGCCCCCAAGAAGAAACCCAAAUCGCCCAAGCCCGAGAACGCCAUCACCAUCGCGGUGUCCUCGCGCGCGCUGUUCCGCAUGGAGGAGGAGCAGAAGAUUUACAACGAGCAGGGGGUGGAGGCCUAUGUGAAAUACCAGCUGGACCACGAGAACGAGCCCUUCCUCCCUGGUGCUGCCUUCCCCUUCGUCAAGGCACUGGAGGCGGUGAACACGCAGCUGCGCGAGCUCUACCCUGACAGCGAGGAGCUCUUUGACAUCGUCCUCAUGACCAACAACCAUGCCCAGGUUGGGGUUCGCUUGAUCAACAGCAUCAAUCACUACGAUCUGUUCAUCGAGAGGUUCUGCAUGACGGGAGGGAACAGCCCCAUCUGUUACCUCAAGGCCUAUCACACCAACCUCUACCUCUCCUCCGAUGCCGAGAAAGUGAGUGGGGCCAUUGAAGAGGGGAUCGCUGCAGCCACCAUCUUCAGCCCCAGCAAAGACCUGGAAGUGUCGGAGAACCAGCUGCGGGUGGCAUUCGAUGGUGAUGCUGUGCUGUUCUCUGACGAGUCGGAGCAGAUUGUGAAGGCUCAUGGCUUGGACAUGUUUUUUGAGCACGAAAAGGCUCACGAGAACAAGCCUCUGGCACAGGGACCCCUGAAGGGCUUCCUGGAGGCCCUGGGGAAGCUGCAGAAGAAGUUCUAUUCCAAGGGGCUGAGGAUGGAAUGUCCCAUUCGCACCUACCUGGUCACUGCCCGGAGCGCGGCCAGCUCGGGAGCCCGGGCACUAAAGACUCUGCGCAGCUGGGGCCUGGAGACGGAUGAGGCUUUGUUCCUGGCCGGGGCCCCCAAGGGGCCGCUGCUGAAGAAGAUCCGUCCUCACAUCUUCUUCGAUGACCAGAUGUUCCACGUGGAGGGAGCCAAAGAGAUGGGCACCGUCGCUGCCCAUGUCCCCUAUGGCAUCGCCCAGAAGCACAAGAAGCCGGCGCAGGAGAAGCAAACCCCGAACAGCAAGUAGUGGAGCUGGCUGGUCAGCACAGCUUCACCCGUGCACCACACUCUGACCUGGGCUGGGGUCUCAAGGCACAGAGUGUUUGCCCUGCGAGCACGAGGUUAUUCCCAGCGGGAGCCGUGCUGGGGGCAUGGAUGGAGGAAGGGGCUGAUGAAAGGCUUCCUUUUGCCUCUGUAUUAUUGCAAUGUCUUGGCAUUGUCCCUGUUCCCGGGCAGCCCCAUGAGCCAUUUCCCCUUUCCUCUGCACUUGCUUCAGGCAAACCCCCUGGAGGAUGGAUCCCUCCUUUUGCGCACUGUUUAUACCAGGUUUAAUUUAUUGGUGUUUCUUUAAAACCCCAGGUGAUUCCCAAAGCCUUGACUUACAAAGCAAAUGCUCAGGCCGAGCUGUUGAACUGGAAAGUUGGGAGCGCACAAAACCCCUUCUUGCAGCUUUGAAACCAAAUAUUGCCCUUUUAAACUAAAUUUCCACCAUAAUAUUGUUCCUUCACAGCGCCAGCCCCUCCUCCCCAGCCAGAAAAUCUUUCCUGUCUUUUCAGCAAGGUUUUUGUCAGCUGAACAGCUUUCCUUUCAUGCACUAAAAUUGGGGAAAAUAGAAGCAAACACGUGAAAAAGAAAGACGAAAGUCCUGUUUCCUACUCGGAGCUCUGGGUUAGUGAGUUGCUGGCCCAGGUUCUUGGGUUUGGGUUUCCCAGUUGUGUGAUUUAUAAUCAUCUCAGUGAGGCCUUCAAUGGCCAGCUCUGCUGUAAGCACCCCGGGCUCUGCAGACACAUGCCUGGGGCUUGAAUUAAGUUAAAAGCAGACCCUAAUGCGUUAGAGACAUCAUUUGAAGUCCAUUUAGGUAAAUCUGCAGAGGAUUUCAGCCUGGGGGAUUUAAUUAAAGGAUUUUAUUCCCCCUUUCUAGGCUGAGCCCAGUGAGUUGAUAUCAUCAUCUUCUUCUUAGCUUCUUAAAACCGCUGGUGUUUCCUAAAAUAGACACCGCUGCUAGUGAUGCUGUGCGGGAGAAGCAAAGCUCCAAUGGAAAAACAGGAAGAGAAAUCAAUUGGAGAGCUGCUUCCAGAUCGGUGUGAAAAUCACACUGAUGCUUCUGCACAAAGCCCUGUCCCAAAGGAUGCUCUCGGCGGGGAGGGAGGAGGAGAAUUAAAGAUUACUUCUUUCUUGUGGGUUUUUUUCCCCUCCUUUUUGUCUUUUGUAGGCGGUACACCCCAUGGCUGGGCACGAAGGAUGCUCAGUGUUGUCAGACAGUAGCUUUCUACAAACACCAGCUCCGUGGGCUGAGGUUUUCUGAGGUAUGUGUCUGCCUCUGGCUCGCCUUUGCAGGGCACUUUGCAUGAUCAUACGCACAAGCUGGUGAUGCCUCGGAUGGCUUGGGAGACUCUUUUCUCUUUGCACUAAAUCCUGCUCUAGCAGAGAAAAGGAAAUUGCACUUUCCCCACCCCCCAGAACUAUUUCACUUUGACUGUUACUUGUCACAUCUGGGUGAGGAGCACCUUAGAGAAGAGUCUAAAAUCCAGACACAAAAAAGUCUUGAAAGAAAUGAGUAUCUAAUAACCUAUUAAUAUACAAGUUUAUAACAAGGCCUUGUCUUUUCAACGUGAACCCCAGAUAUUGGGAUCUGAACUGUAUCUCGGAGACCUUUUGGCAGCUGGGAUAACAGCCUGGCCUCCCAGGAAACACUUCCAUGGUGUCCUGCCAGCCCAGGAGGUGAUGUUGGAAGAGGAAUGGAGCUGUCAGCAAGCCCUUGGGAACCCCAGGGUGCUGGUGGGAUUGGAUAAGGGUGCAAGAACAGCCACUGGGGAUGGGUGCUUGCACUGGGUGCCAUGGGGGAUGCGUGUUUCAGAUAAGAGGUGUUGGCAGGGCUGUGCUGUGCAGGAGGAGAUGCUCUGUCUGAAGAUGCUGUCAGCAAUGUGUAAUGGUUCUGGGGCACAGCCCUGGAUCUCAGCAGCUUUCACUGCUGCCUUUCCGUCCUGAGAUGCACAGGAGCUGGGGGCGAGCUGGCAGCAGGGGUAUGGUGAAGGCAGGAGUUUUAGUGACUCUGCUUAGGUUCUCCUGCUGCCAGGGCAGUUUAGGGGCUCAGCAAAUGGGCCCCAAGUGAGGCAGACCUCGCUCUGCACCUCCCCAGUCCUUGUGCAGGGAGGAUAUUCUGCUCCUGCAGUGGCUGCCCUGUUUGCUUUUCUCCACAUGGCUUCCCACGUUGUUUUCUCCUCCUUUACUACAACUGGCAGAGGUGGAUUUGCUGCUGUUUUACUUCCCUUGUGUGCCCCUCUGUGCUGUCUCCUUGGGCUGGGGGAUUAAGCCUGGGCACAUAUCCCACCCGGAUGGGCCGGUGCGGUUGUGCCUCUUGUGCUGCCCUGGCCAAGGACUGAACUUCCCGCUGUGUGUUGUUGCUGUGGGUUUCACUUCAUUGUCCUCCAGUGGUUUUCCUUAUGGAUGGGCUGCCCUGUUAAUGGAACCCCUCGGGGUGUUGUUCUGUAAUAAACCAUUGUCCCAGCCUC